GCAAUGCGCGAAUGGGCAGUGGCAACAGCAGGCUAGCAGUGAAGCACCCGGUGAGGUUUGGCGGCAGAGCGACACGUCGAGGCGAAACGGGGUGAUCCAAGAGGAAACGGACGCUGCGAUGCAAGCAGACCGGGGCAAAAUAAGAACCAGCUCACACACCCUGCUCUGAUUUCUGGACUGUUUUAUUGCGCCUCUGACAAUGGAGACGUAAUGCGCAGCUAUUUUCUUGCUGUCAGUUUUAUACUUCGUUUUCUGCCACUUUAAUCUGAGCCUAUUAUUGGCAGACAUCUGACGACUCAACGGUCGUCUCGAAAGGGACAGGCUUUUUCCUCCUAUGAUAUUGUAUCGAACGGUUAUUUAUUCGUUCAGGAGCAAACGUUGAGGUUUCUGCCUCUUUUCCACAUUCUUAUUUCUGGAAAGGGUCUAAUCAUGACGAAAAGCGCGCAGCUUGCGCCGACCCUGUGCUGAAGCGAUGUUUCAGGACCAUGGAUACUUGUUUCUCUGUUUCUGGUUUACAAAAUAAGUGUCACAAAUGGAUGAAGAAAUCGACACCCGCAAAAUAAACAACAGCUUCCUCCGGGACCACAACUAUGCAACUGAAGCUGACAUCAUAUCCACGGUUGAGUUCAACCCAACUGGAGAGCUGCUGGCAACGGGGGACAAGGGAGGGAGAGUAGUGGUGUUCCAGAGAGAACAGGAGAGUAAGAACCAGCCCCACAGGAGAGGGGAGUACAACGUUUACAGCACCUUCCAGAGCCACGAGCCUGAGUUUGACUACCUGAAGAGCCUGGAGAUCGAGGAGAAGAUCAACAAGAUCCGCUGGCUGCCUCAACAGAACGCUGCCUACUUCCUCCUCUCCACCAAUGAUAAAACAGUGAAGCUGUGGAAGAUCAGUGAGCGGGACAAGAGACCGGAGGGCUACAACCUGAAGGACGAGGAUGGGAGGAUCCGAGACCCAGCCACCAUCACCGCCCUGCGGGUGCCAGUGCUGCAGCCCAUGGACCUGAUGGUGGAGGCGACGCCCAGGCGGGUGUUCUCCAACGCUCACACGUACCACAUCAACUCCAUCUCCGUCAGCAACGAUUACGAGACCUACAUGUCCACAGACGACCUGAGAAUCAAUCUGUGGAACCUGGAGAUCACCAACCAGAGCUUCAACAUUGUGGACAUCAAGCCGGCCAACAUGGAGGAGCUGACAGAGGUGAUCACAGCAGCAGAGUUCCAUCCCAACCAGUGUAACACCUUCAUCUACAGCAGCAGCAAGGGCUCCAUCCGCCUGUGUGACAUGAGGGCCUCAGCCCUGUGUGACAACCACUCCAAAUUCUUCGAGGAGCCGGAGGACCCCAGUAACCGCUCCUUCUUCUCUGAGAUCAUCUCCUCCAUCUCAGAUGUCAAGUUCAGCCACAGCGGGCGCUACCUGAUGACACGGGACUACCUCACUGUCAAAGUGUGGGACCUCAACAUGGAGAGCAAACCUCUGGAGACCUACCAGGUGCACGACUACCUGAGGAGUAAGCUGUGCUCCCUGUAUGAGAACGACUGCAUCUUCGACAAGUUUGAAUGUGUCUGGAACGGGUCUGACAGUGUGAUCAUGACCGGCUCCUACAACAACUUCUUCCGCAUGUUCGACCGCAACACCAAGCGUGACGUGACCCUGGAGGCGUCGAGGGAGAACAGCAAGCCCCGGGCCAUCCUGAAGCCCCGGAAGGUGUGUGUGGGAGGCAAGAGACGCAAGGACGAGAUCAGUGUGGACAGCCUGGACUUCAGCAAGAAGAUCCUGCACACCGCCUGGCACCCCUCUGAGAACAUCAUCGCCGUGGCCGCCACCAACAACCUGUACAUAUUCCAGGACAAGGUCAACUAAGGUUGAAUGGACGAAGAGCAGAGCAGCACAGACCAGCAUAGCGCGCCCUGGCUGGCUGGCUGACUGACCGCGCUCACCUGGGGACUGGGAGAGGGCCGCAAGGCUGGGAAUCUCUGGCCGCACUGCAACUUGUGAAGAAGAGACACUGACAGCUUUGCAGCUUCCUCUCUCUCUCUCUCGAUCUCGGAGACUUGCCGCCAUGUUGUUGUAAAUCCAGGGUUGCCCUCGGUUGCACCCAGAACAUUGAGAACGAUGGCUGUCAACGCCUGUUUAUUUUGUUUUUCUCCAUUUUACGAUUUUCUCCCUCAAAGUUGUUGCUGUAGUUUUGAUGGAUAUUGCACAGGAAUGCAGGGAUGAUACUUUUAUGUGUAUGUUCCUAAGUAGAAACAGGAGUACUUUGCAUUGGGGAGAUGGAGAUGAACUGAGAGACUGGCUCCACUAACUCACCCUUUGCAUCCCUGAGAUGACAUGCUUAGAUGCUACUGAGAUGGUGUGAGCUUGACACCCUUUGACCUCUUCUCCUGCCCCCUCUGUAUCUCUUAAUUUAUUUAUUUAUCAUUUCUCUUCAUGAAGGUUUCAAAACAUACCUGCAGAGGAACGGAUGAUGUUACUGGGUAGGAUUGAUUUUAAACAAUGUAGCAAGCUUUAUCUUCCAUUUUUUUUAAAAAUACAUUUACAAAAAUACAAAAUGUAUAAUAAAAAAAAUGAGUAACCUAAA